AUGCACCAUCAUCAUCAUCUUGUUGUCAACACACUUUUACCAUGUCCUUCGGCUCGUUCGGUAAGCCCGCAACACCUUUGGGUGGGACGACGGCACCCGCUUCCUCGCCCUUCGGACAGGCCGCGCAGCCCACCGGUGGCCUCUUCGGUUCGGCGUCGACGGCACCUGCAACUUCACUGUUUGGGGGCCAGCAGCAACAGAACACGAGCACACCCUCGCUUUUCGGGCAGCAGCAGCAGCAGCAGCAGCAGCAACAGCCGCAGCAGACGUCGAGCUUGUUUGGAGGACAGCAGGGGGCGAGCGCAGGCGGCGGGCUUUUCGGGUCGCAGCAGGCGUCGACGAGCACGGGCGGGUUGUUUGGGCAGCAGCAGAACCAGCAGCAGAAUCAGCAACAGGGUACGGGCUUGUUUGGCCAGCAGCCACAGCAGGGAAGUUCGCUGUUUGGACAGCAGCAGCAGCAGCCGCAGCAGCAGAGUUCGUUUGGCGCCGGCACCACGCCAGCGGGAGGCCUGUUCGGUAGCACGACCCAGCCUUCAGGAGGGGGUCUUUUCGGCGCGGCCAGCACCAACUCGGCUACCCAGCCCCGCAGUUUGUUUGGCCAGCAGCAGCAGGGACAGCAGGGGCAGCAGGGGGGCUUGUUUGGGUCGCAGUCGACGACGCAGCCGUCUGGAGGGCUUUUCGGGCAACAGAGUACGACAGCGCCUUCGGGAGGACUUUUCGGACAGCAGAACACCGCGCAACAGGGAGGGCUCCUGGGACAGCAGAGCACCACGCAGCAGGGAGGACUCUUUGGACAGCAGCAGCAGAACAAGACCAUGUUCGGGCAGCAGCAGCACAAUUCGUCCUUGUUCAACAAGCCUGCACAGACGCACUCGCCGACCUCCGGGAUCGGCAAGACGCGCCUUGCCGACCUCCCGGAGAAUGUGCAGAAGGCGAUCGAGCAGCUGGAUGCUGGGAUCAAGGAUCAGAAGCAAAUUGGCGCCAGUAUCGACACGACCAACAUUGGGCGCGCCAUCUGGCAGACGAGUGCCGAUGUCAAGGCUGCGAGCGACGAACAAGCCGCGCUGGCGCAGGGCCUCUACUCCCUUCGCGCCUCGCUUGAGCAGCUCGCCACGCGCGUCAAUGAGCAAGCGACGGACCUCCAGAAGCUCCUGGAGACAUGGGAGGCCGCCAAGCCGCUGGAGCGGAGAAGCCCCAACAUACGGCCGAUCGCGCACCGCGACUUUCCACAGGAGUUCUUCUUCCGCGUCGCCAAGAAGCUCGAGGAGCGCGUCGCGCGCUAUCGGCGCAACAUCAUGCUGCUUCACCGCGCUAUUGUGGGACUCGCGAACGACGCCGAGGCGCUGUCACCGCCCGUCGUCGUGCAGACGAUCCAGAACAACCAGGCCGCCAUCAUAUCGCUCGCGGCACAGCUCGACCAGCUGCAGCUGCGGAUGAAUACGCUGCGGAGCGAUUUCACGAACGAUUACCGCGAGAAGACACACAGCAUGCGCGAUCCGUUCGAGGUGGCGCGCGAGGAGAAGGGCGUGAGCCUGCUGCGGGCGUAGAGGUGGGAGGGACAUGGGGCGGAGUAGAGUAUACAUUGUUAUAUGUGCACAACAACUGUGCUUGUUGGAUGGACGCCGUGUGCACUGGAG